AAAUGCAAAUGUGCAUCUCGAAUAAUAUAUGGCCUCAAAAUGUAGUUAACUAAAUAAAUAAAUAGCUCUUACAGCUUGGGAGUAUUUUGUUCCAAAAAAUCCUAAAAAAGGGCAAAAGUCCUUACAUCGAUAUUAUAUCAACAUAGACUUCUAGACUGUAGUGAUAUAUUUCCUUCGUCCUAAGCUAGAUGACCCCUUCCUUAGACGACACGAUAUUUUAUGCAGUGCUCCUUCCGUCCCUGAAAGUUGUUUGUCCUAUUUUUCUAUUUUCGUCCGUCCCACAAAAUUUGUCCAAUUUCACUUUUUACUAUUUUUGGUAGUGGACCUCAUAUUCCACUAACUCAUUCCUACUCACAUUUUAUUAUAAAACUAAUACUCCCUCCGUCCCAAGAUAUUAGACUCGUAUACCACUUUGGCGUGUCCCAACAUACUUGAACCAUUACUAUUUAUGGUAAAAAUUUACUUUAUUACUAAUACGCUCGGAUUUUGCACUGUUUUAAGGCAUUUAUUUGGUCCGUUUUUAAUGUCAAAAUCAUAAUUCAUGUCCAUAUUUUGCAUAUUUUCUCUAUUUUGGUAUUUUAACGGGUUUUGUGAGAUUUGUGCAUAUUUUAGCCUAAAAAGACAGCAAAAAGUAGAAGUUGGAAAUAUGGAGCAUUCAAGAUGCCCAGUGGUCCGCUGCAACUCGCACAACGACCGUUGGGGCUCAGCGACCGCCGAACCAGUAGCGAUCCGCUUCGGAUAAAGUUGUGCUGAAAUGAAUAACACGCCUAGCGACCGCUCGAAGAGUUUCUGAAGCUACUGGAAUAUUCACAGCGACCGCGGCAACACAGUCCAGCGACCGCUAUCCAAGAGGCAGAGGCUACGGAUCAUUGUGCAGCGACAGCUGGCCAAGGUGCAAUGGCCUGCUGCAAAAACGCGGCGCACAAAAUUUUUUUUACGCACAUUUCAUAGAUAAAUAAAUAAGAAAAUGCAAAAAAAACCCGAUGGUUUUGAACCGCCCCAUGAACCGGCGGUUUUUUGAACCGGAAUCGGAACCGCCGAAACCCUUAGCGGGCCGGUUCCGGUUCAUGAAAAUGUUGAACCUUGAACCGCCGGUUCCGGUUCAGAACCGACGGUUUUUGAACCGUGGGCAUGCCUAUACUAUUCCAAUUCUUCUGCUUCGUACAAGUAUUUAGCUUCAAAACUUAACCCCAAUCCGUCACUUCUCUGUCUCUGAGACCUCCUCCAUCGCCGCACCCAAUCCACUCCCUAAAUCCUCAAAUUGAAACAAUGGGAUUGAGCCGCCGCAAGCUCAAUCAGCUAAUGGUAGCCCCUCUCCCCCGCUGCUUCCACCGCUCCGCCGCCGUUAUCCGCCUCGUCAAAUCCGACGGCAUGGUCGCCAUCUACGACCGCCCCGUGACCGCCUCGGAGCUGAUGGAGGAGUUCCCCAAGCACAUGGUAUGCCGCUCCGACUGCUUCUACAUCGGGCAGGUCACCCCCGCCCUCUCCCACCACGACCGCCUUCUCCCCGGCCACAAUUACUUCCUCCUCCCGGCCAAUUUCUUCCAGUCCGCCCUCUCAUUCGCCACCUUCCUCCGAUGCCGCACCGCCACCGCCGGCCGGCCUCCGUUCGAGCUCGAGAAGACCGCCGCGGGGGGGCUGCGGGUCAAGGUCACCGAGGAGAUGAUCGUGCAGCGGCAGAAGGAGAUGGAGGCGGAGGCGGAGGUGGCGCGCCGGAUCGUUAGGGUCUGCACGACGCCGCAGCUGUGCAAGGACUAUGAGAUGCUGGUGGGGCGGCGAUUGCAAUGGAAGCCCAAGCUCGACACCAUUUCCGAGCAGAAGGGCAGGAAGAUUUUGAGGAAGACAAAAUCGAAUGUCGUUUGAAUUCACCAAAAAUUUUUUAGUGCAAAUUGGAGAUUUGGUUGUUUGAUUGGAGUGCAGCAGAGCAGGGAGAAUGAAACAGGAAAUCUAAUAAUGUGCGUUUGCUACAGUAAAAGAUAGAUAAUCAAUUUAGGCAAGAACAGUUAAUAAUGAUGUACGACCACUGCAUCAAGUCAUCAAGUUUGCCAAUUUUAUUCAAGAGAUAAUGUGAUUGGAUAAUUUUUACUGUCAAAUAUGAUAUUGGCAUAUUGCCAACCACAUUCCUACUCAUAGGACUGUCAAA